GCACCGAACUAGGCAGCAGUGAUAGAAGACCGCCGCCAAUGAAGAUACUAGAUAUUCACAUUCAGUCCUUUUGAAAUCGUUGAGCUUUUGAGGGUACCUGUAAAUUCCAAACAUAUUCAUUCAGCUUCAAGCACCGUCUGAUCGAGUGCCUAAAUCGCAAAUCACGUAUUCGGGACGAUUUUGGAUUUCAUUUCCAUCAUUCCGUCACGUCUUGGGAAACAUUCUCGUCCUCAUUGCUAUAAUAUGCGUCCAAAGUGUGAGGGGAACUUAUUUGUAAUUAUGCCCAAAGUAACUCGACGCAGCUAGUGCUGCAUAUAAGCCAUAAUGUGAUCGGGAGUGGCGGAAAGGGAGCAGCGUAUUUGAGGAAUGCUGUGCCCCGUCCGACGGGCAGGGACAUCGUUCAACCUUCACAUCAUUUCCAGUCUCGUUUCGGUGUCAUGGCUCCUACCAUCGUCGUGGCGGGCGCGACCGGCAACACCGGUCAGCAUGUUGUGGAAACGCUGUCCAUUUUACUUGAGAAAGGAGGUGCCUUAUCGGGUCACCGGAUCGCCGCUCUCACACGGUCACCAAAGGGCCCCAUCGCACAGAAGCUCGCUCAGCUCCCCGGCGUCGAAGUGAUAGAGCAGAAUUGGAUCAACGUCACUGCUAACUGGCUCCGUGAAAACGAGGUAGUCAGGGCCUUCGUUGCACCGGUGGCUCAGCUCAGCCAGUUUAUCGAAGAGUCGGGCUUUCUCGUCGCUGCGCUUCAGGCAGGCGUCAAAUACGUCGUACGGAUCUCCACGAACACGCCAAACGUUCGACCAGAUGCCGUUCCCUUUUAUGCCCGUUCGCAUUGGGCCAUAGAAACUCUCUUGGGCACGCCUGAGUUCGAAGGACUCCAGUGGACUUCGCUUCAGCCCAAUUCUUUCGCUCCGACUUACCUUCAGACAACUGCCGACUUCAUCAAGCAAUACCGUAAUACCGGGAAACAAGGCAUUCUUAAGCUCGUUGCAUCAGCUGAUGCGCCUGUAGCCAUCGUCGAUCCUUAUGACAUUGGAGUAUUCGUGGCCCACCUGCUGGUUCAACAGGAUCCCACUCCUCACAACAAGGCCAAAUACGUUGUCAACGGGCCUGAGGACAUUUCCGGCCAGCAAAUCGUGAAGCUAGUUGAGAAGCAUAUUGAUACUAAGGUCGAGAAUGUUAUUUUUAAGGAUUUGACUUGGGCCGACGCCAUCGCCGACUAUAGUCAAGACGCAAAGCAAACUAUGUUAAGCCUCAAGGCUUUUCCGGAGCCGCUAUGGCAGGGGCUGUGCUCGACUUCGACAACUAGCAAGGAGUUCCUGGAGCUCGCUGCGCCGAAAUGGACACCUGCUGCAGUUCUGAAGAGAAUGUUGGAAGAGUAGACUCUGGUAACAACAACUUCCGUCAGCGAUGGCGCCCCCUUGUAAUUAUCACAGAUGAAACCGAAAUAUUGAAUAUGUAGAUUUUGUUGAUUCCCAACGUUACCGCUACCAUGAUGCGAUGCGUGCACGAUCUCCGAUGUUUACUAAUGGCAAAUUCGUAUUCUUACAUCCACCCUUUGUUAUGGAUUACU